AGAAUUUGAGUCUGUUGGGAAUCUCGUGGAUUUACAUCUGUUGGGAUGGAUUUAUGAACACAGGACUUCAUCAUUCCAGCAAAGACAGCUGCCCUAACAACCUGACCUGCAGGGACAAGACAUGCUUCAGAGAUGCAGAGAAGUGCAAUUUUCAGUCGGAGUGUUCAGGAGGAGAGGACGAGGCUGACUGCUGGUGUGAUAAAACAAUAACCAGUCAAGACAAAAACAAACUUGGAUCAAACACUUUUGCACAAAAUGGGUUCUACUGUGAUUUUGAAAUCCACCAAAAGAGCUUAUUUGAUUGUGGAUGUCCCUGGACGUCCAAGGGAUUUAAGUCUAUUACACCAGAGGAGCACCGCUACGAAUCUCGAUGGUAUCCUAGAAGAGAUCAAACUCAAAAUUCCACUCAAGGGCGCUAUGUUCUUGCCAUGAAGAACAGGACCGGCCCGGCCGUCCUCACAAGCCACUGUCUGGGAUCCACUGGACCCAUGUGUACUCUUCGAUUCCAUGCCGUGGUAUAUGUUGCCACUGAGUACGAGGGCAUCGAAAUUGUCAUGAUAAACUCCUGCAGUGACCAGAUCCAGGAUGAGAGUUUAUUUAAUCCGAAGAGCUUUAUUCAAAGUGGAAAAGGCAUGAAUUGGGCAUACCAUGAGGAGCACAUUGGAGAGAAGAAACUCCCUUUUCGAAUUGGAAUAAUUGCCCAGCUUCGAAUUUCUUCUUCCUUUGUGGCCAUUGAUGGACUGGAGCUGCACAACUGUGGUCCAGAUGCAAAUGAGACUAAGACUUGUCAGCCAGAUGAAUUCCAAUGUGAAAGUUCCAGAUGUAUCAAACGGGACUGGUUGUGCAACUUGAAGAAUGACUGUGAAUGCCGUGAAGAUGAGACCCAUGCAUUGUGUGAUAACACUCCUCAUUAUGCAAAGAGUUCCUUUGAAAACUGCAACUUUAAGAAUCGCAGCUGCUGGUGGUACACUGUCGACAGUGGCAACGGCUUCAACUGGAACAUGCAAACACUCAAUGAUGACCACUUCAUAAACAUUGAUGCAAGCAAGGGUCCUCAGGGAGAGUCUGCUAUCCUGGAGAGUGUCACGUUUGCUCGGCCACCAGUAAAAAGCAAGGAGACUUGUCAGGUGCGAUUCUUCAUGUACAACUAUGGUCGUGACGUGUACAGACUGGACGUGCUGGUCAAGGAGGAGGGGCUGGACAGUAGGCGGAUCUGGACUCAUAAGUUUGAUAACUUUGAAUGGAAAUCUUACAACUAUGAAGUAGUCGACAUCAUUAAUGUCACCAGACGAUUCAAGCUCCAGUUCAAGGCCUAUGUUGGUAUGCGUCCUGAGGGAAACAUUUCUCUGGAUGACAUCACGCUGAACCAACACUGCUUCAACACUUCUGGUUAUGAGUUUAACAGUUGUGGAGGGACAGGAUCCAAGGCACCAACACAGAAUAGGUGUAAUUUGUCUUAUCGGGGAGAGAAGACAGUCGAGGUGCUCCAGGGGGAGUAUGCUGGAGCUCAGAAGUGGGAGGUGCCAAACACUGCCACCUAUAGUAUUUCAGCUUUAGGAGGGAGUGGUGGCCUUGGAGCGGACAGUACAGGGGAUGCGCCAUAUGGGGAUCUUGUUCAGGCUAAGUUCAAUUUGUCAAGGGGAGACUACCUUUACUUCUUCAUCGGACAAGAAGGAGAACAUGCUUGCAAGCAACAGAAGGAAUAUGACCUUGGUCACGCCUGUAACCCCAGGUCCACCGUGAACAAGAGGGACAGCUCCCUGCAGGGUGGGGGAGGAGGAGGGGGUGGAGGGACAUUUGUCUUCAAGAAACACCAAAGUUCUGGAAAGGUGCAGCUUCUGAUGGUUGCUGGAGGCGGAGGUGGCCUUGGAGCAAGGUCCUUGAUCAGCCAUGAUGCUGAGGUGAAGCAGACGUCUCAACCUGGGGAUGGACACGCUGGGCUGUCUCCACAAGAUGGAUCUGGAGGGGGAAGUGGAUGGCAACCACGGCCAGGGAUGACACUUGCACAGAGCAUGGCUGGAGGAAGGCCGUGUCAGAAGUCUGUGGACGCUGGCUUUGCCGCCGCAGGGGGAUUCGGUGGAGGAGGAGGAGCGUGUUCAUCAGGGGGUGGAGGCGGAGGAUAUACCGGUGGUGAUGCCUGUGUUGAAGACAAGGAGGACUGCAAUGGCAAGGCUGGCACCUCAUAUAUACAUCCCUCCGCCCAAGAUGUCCGCCAUGAACUAGGUAGAGAAGGCAAUGGGUUUGUGGAUGUCCUGCAGAUGAGGAACUGCCCCUGUAGUUACUACUGUAUCUGGGAGGACCAAGAUGCUACUAAGUACAAGUGUCUGUGUCCUCCCAAACAAGUCCUAGCUGAGGACGGAGUUACAUGUACCACCAAUGGUAGGUUGAAUGUGUUGGACAUGUUCUGCUGUACUUUUUCUCCUAUAUUAGCAACAAGACAAAUUUCAAUAGGCAAUACAAGCGUGGACAUCGUGACGCCACCGACCCAGGCUGGUGCCAAAGGCAUGAACAUUGGUUUCAUCAUUGCUAUAGCUGCAGCCUGCUCCAUCUUCCUCGUCAUGAUUGGAACAACAUGCUUCUGUGUCUGUGGACGUGGAACAUUCUCCAAGGAGUGUCAUGGUGGGGGAAUUAGAUUUGAGAGGAUCAUGUCUUACUGCAAACUGAAGAAACUCCGCACUCAACGUGUCCGUCAGACUAUACAACGCCCGACAGCAGUGAUGGAGUUUAACCCCAACUACGAUUUCAUUGGCGCAAAACACCCACAACAACUGCCAGAGAUUAACAGAAGACAUAUUCAGCUUGUCAGGCCCCUGGGACAAGGAGCAUUUGGUGAGGUGUACAAGGGCCUGAUGUCUCAUGUUCCCAGAGUUGAGGGGAUGCUGCAAGUAGCAGUCAAGACAUUGCCAGCGCUAAGCACAGACCAGACAGAGCUGGACUUUCAAAUGGAGGCCAUUAUUGUCAGUAAGUUCAACCACCCAAACAUUGUGAAGUUCUUGGGAGUAUGUUUCGAUGGUCGGCCACGCUUCAUUGUCCUGGAGCUUCUAGAAGGAGGGGAUCUCAAAUCCUUUCUUCGGGAUUCAAGACCAAAGCCAAGUGAGCCAUCAAAUUUGACUGUCAUGGACCUACUGAGACUGGCAGUUGAUAUCUCCCAGGGAUGCCAGCACCUGGAAGAAAAACACUUCAUUCACAGAGACAUUGCUGCAAGAAACUGUCUCUUAACAACAAAAGGUUCUGAAAGAAAGGCAAAGAUUGCAGAUUUUGGAAUGGCUCGAGACAUAUACAGAUCUGAUUAUUACAAAAAGGCUGGCAAUGCCUUGCUGCCAGUUAAGUGGAUGCCCCCCGAGGCUUUUCUGGAUGGAAUAUUCACCACAAAGACGGAUGUAUGGUCAUUUGGGAUAUUGUUGUGGGAGAUAUUCUCCCUUGGGUACAUGCCCUACCCUGGCUGCUCCAAUGAGGAGGUGAUGCACUACGUCACCGUGGGCGGGAGGCUGGAUGCCCCAGACAGCUGUCCUUCAUCUGUGUAUGACAUAAUGGCUUCAUGUUGGAGUGGCCUUGCAGAGGAGCGGCCGCCAUUUUCACUCAUCUACACUAGUCUAGAGAAAUGUUUACAGGACGAGGAUGUGACCUCAAGAGGACUUCCAAUAUUAUACCUACCAAAAUUAUCCUUUGCCCGGGGCUUCAAAUUGCCAAUGCCUUUAAAAACAAUGGGCCCGAAUGGUGGAGAUCGUAGCACUGGUCCAUCAGAAGGCUAUCUGGAGCCUCUCCUGCCCACCUGGAUCACAGAGGGGCUUGCUGAUCCCAGACUCACGGACGAUGUUGAUAUGUCAGAUGAGGAAACGCAAGUCAAGUCCAAGCCUACCAGUGAUAACACAAACAGUCCAAGGACAAAGAGUAAUCAGAAUUUGGACCCUGGGACAUGCAGGAUUCCAAGUUCGGAGAUUCCUUUAUUGUCUGUUGAAGACUUUCAGGUUCUGUUUGAUGAUGACACCUCACACGCUCAUGAUGCUAGGAUGUGAAUGGUAAAGGACAUGUGUGAGGAAUUCAAGGACAUGUGUGAGGUAUUCCAGGACAUGUGUGAAUACUUUGUCUGUGUGCGUGCGUGCAUGCGUGUGUCUGUGUCUGUGUCUGUGUGAACAAUUGGGUUGUGCUGGGGAUGGAUUUGUUUGAAACUGAAGAUUGGGACACAGGUUCUGUCAUUCUUGAAUUUGGAUGACAGAGAUGAAUAUCUCCUAAUUACUACUCUGCCAUUCAUCUGCUUUUCAAUUUUGGCAGCUUUCUUGGAAUUGUUGAAAUGUGGAUUGGAUAUGAAGCUUAUGAUGGCUAUUGUGAUAUAACAAGUUCAACUGAAUCCCUAUGAGAUGUUGAACUCUGACUGAGAGUGAAUCCAUGUAUUUCACUGAAAGACAUGAAUCUUUGGAUUGUGUUAGUGAUUGACCUAGUGAAUGUAUAUUUCAUUUGUGAUGCUCUGAUGAAGCAUAUCAGAAUGGUGAUUCAAACGUGUCGUCAAUGCUACUGUCCUUACUCCUUUCCUUCAGCAAAGACUUAUGAAAGACACAGUCGUCAUAGAAUGUUUUAUGGAACAAGAAUGUGGUGCCUGUUGCUUACAGACACCUGAUAUUUCAAGUUGUAAGAAUACAUGUGAAGGGAGGUAUUGAAUACCAUAAGUGGUACAGGUAUCAAUUAAGUUGGCGUUACUAGGGUCUGAUGCCUUCAAAAACAGUGUGUAAGUGUUCAAGGUUACCAUGGUUACAGCCAAGUAUAGUUCCAUCUUGAUGCCAUCCAUGCAAAUCACAUGAUUCUCAGAAGUCAUCAGUGCCAUACAGGAACCAAUGUGACGGUUAUUUUAUCAUGUGUAUGUGCCUGUUUGUUGUUGGUCUUGUGUUCAGCAAGAUGUCACCUGCUGAUAUAAUAAUUCAAUUUUGAAUUGUUUAAGAACUAUUUUUCCACUUUUUUUAAAACAUUUUUUUUUUCAGUUCAUUUAGGUAAUAAUAUUUCAUGUCAAGCACAUCAUUUAUUUGUUAUGUUUCUUAUAAAAUGUUAGUAUUCUUCAACAAAAGAUGUUUAAGGGUUACUUUGUAAGUAAAUAACUGUUUAUGGUAAAUAGUUAAAAAUUAAAUACAGUGUAUGUGAUAAAAAUGGCAUAAGAAAAUAAGUGUCAUAUACCCGUAAAUGUUAUUGAACAGCUGAUUUGUGCAACUUUACAAGCACACAUUUAUCAAUAUUUACAGAGGGUUAUUCUUCCAUUAAGUAAGUAAAGAUAUAUAUUUUGUAAUGUCAAGUGUAGUGAUACAGGUCUGUAUGUAUUGUGUAUUAUAUCAAAGGCCACGUUUCUCAGUGAAUUGGCAUUCAGUGUAUCGUUUAACCCUUAGGUCCAAACCCAGCAAGUUUAAUGGCAUAAUAUACUGAAGGAACUGAAAAAGGGAACACGUAGUUGUAGACACAGUUAAAUGGUAUACUAUCAUGAGUUCCCAGCCUUGUCUACUAAAUACGUGUUAGAAGCAAUGCACAUAAAACUCAUGUCAACAUUUGACUCUGACAUCUGUUGAAUUUGUAUGCUCGUUAUUUCAAAUGUACUGACAGUAAGCUUAUUUCACCAUAUGUUUCAUUGUUCCCCUAUUUGUUUCCAUCAGUAUAUAUGAAAUACAGAAUAAAACUUGACUUAAGAGCUUAGAUGACACUGUACAAAAAAAAAAAGGUAGGAACAAUUGCCAGCAAAUAUUUAUAAGGAAACCAAUUAAAUAUGAAAUCAUUGGUAAACAGACAGAAGUGAGAAUGGCUUUGAAAAACUCCAUACAGUGUACUGGUGGUACGCAGACCUCGUUUAUUGAGAGUGCAUGUCUCUUAUUCUUGUUCCAAUAAAUUUCAUUGGCACGAGUGGUCACAAUUUGGUACACAUAAUUAUCCAUGUCCCGGUUCAUUAGUGUAAAGUUCUUGUCAACAUGACGGAAAACAUCAACAAGGACAAUUUUCAAUGAACCUGUACAACACUGGAUGAAGCAUGAACAUUGUUAUCUUAAACUUGACUUUUUCUCACCCUGUAACUCUCAUAUGAUGAUAAAUUGAAGCAAUUAUCCACUUGUGGUUUUCUUUUUUUAUAAAACAUUUUUAUAUUAACUUACACAAGACAAUUGUGGUUUUUUUCAUUGUUGCAUUGUUUUUUCAUCAUAUGUCCAUCUUAGUGUUUGAAAUUUAAAAGAAUUGCAAGGCUACCAUCAGGACCCGCAGACUUAGGAGGCCCUGACUAAACUCCUUAGGCCCUCAUUUAAAAAACUGCAGCUUAUUGUGACAAAUAACUUUCCUACAUGCUGUAAGGACCCAUCCAAAUUUGAAACUGUGGGCCUGACACAAGGGGCUACUGGCAGGCGCUCAGUUUCUCUCAGUAGGGAUCCUACCCCUAUCACUCAUGUGUGACUGGAGACCAAAUCAGUUUCUCUCAGUAGACAUACUACCCCUAUCACUCAUGUGUGACUGGAGACCAAAUCAAUUUCUCUCAGUAGACAUACUACCCCUAUCACUCAUGUGUGACUGGAGACCAAAUCAGUUUCUCUCAGUAGACAUACUACCCCUAUCACUCAUGUGUGACUGGAGACCAAAUCAGUUUCUGUCAGUAGACAUACUACCCCUAUCACUCAUGUGUGACUGGAGACCAAAUCAGUUUCUCUCAGUAGACAUACUACCCCUAUCACUCAUGUGUGACUGGAGACCAAAUCAGUUUCUCUCAGUAGACAUACUACCCCUAUCACUCAUGUGUGACUGGAGACCAAAUCAGUUUCUCUCAGUAGGGAUCCUACCCCUAUCACUCAUGUGUGACUGGACACCAAAUCAGUUUCUCUCAGUAGACAUACUACCCCUAACACUCAUGUGUGACUGGAGACCAAAUCAGUUUCUCUCAGUAGACAUACUACCCCUAUCACUCAUGUGUGACUGGAGACCAAAUCAGUUUCUCUCAGUAGACAUACUACCCCUAUCACUCAUGUGUGACUGGAGACCAAAUCAGUUUCUCUCAGUAGGGAUCCUACCCCUAUCACUCAUGUGUGACUGGAGACCAAAUCAGUUUCUCUCAGUAGACAUACUACCCCUAUCACUCAUGUGUGACUGGAGACCAAAUCAGUUUCUCUCAGUAGGGAUCCUACCCCUAUCACUCAUGUGUGACUGGAGACCAAAUCAGUUUCUCUCAGUAGACAUACUACCCCUAUCACUCAUGUGUGACUGGAGACCAAAUCAGUUUCUCUCAGUAGACAUACUACACCCUACCCCUGCCCACACUAUAUUUUCAAAAGUCAAUUCCUGAGAACCAAUUCUUUUAUUUUUUAAGCCUUAAAAGUUAUUUCCUGUGGCUUGUGAAUAGUCAAAUCUUGUCAUCGGGAUGUGAUGACACACUAUCAGCCAGGUUAUGUACACAUUGUGACCACCCAGGCCUCAUUGUUGUCAGCUCUAAAAUAAUCCACUGGGUUCUGGAAACUUUCUGCCUAAAAGUUCCCAUGGAUGGACGACUAAACUGAAGGCCUGCUACUAUUCUAGUAUAUCUUGAAUGCAAGGCAUUUACAGUUCUAGUUACGAAAUUUGUCUAACAUCACUAGCAAUUGAUGAAAUUAUUUAUCUUAAUUCCAAACGCAUUGAUGUGGUGCUCAUAUUGUCAGUUAGUAAAUGCAAGUAUUACUUUGACAUUGCAACAUACUUAUAAUGUAUAAAGGUACAAUAGUAUUGUUCUGUAUUUUUUCAGUGAUUAAUUAAUUAUUAGUAGAAUAACUUUAUCCUCAUCACAAAAGUUACACACUGCAUUAGUAUAAUUAACUGGAUAUUAUCCCUGGAAAAUAGGUUGGCUAGCUUGCUCAUUUACAUGAUACAGUGUAUCAACAAUUUUCAUAUUUUGGAGGAACAACAUUGUUGUCUCUAGUAUUUUAUUGCCCUUUCACAACAAUUUAACUUUAAGAGUGAUGUCAAAUCUGCACUUGACAAGUCAGAAAGGCCUUUUAAUUUUCUUCAGCCAACACACAAGCUGCACAGAUAGAGAAUCUCACCCGAGUGUCUUUUGAUAUCAAGUAUAUCAACACGAGUUGAUAAAAGUGUUGAUAU